AUAGUGACGACCCAAUAUUGCCAGAGUUUGUUAUAAAAGCCCCUUAAGUUGACACCGCGUUCAAAUAGAUACACUGACCUUCGUGGACGUAAGGAGGAAUCAACAUUAUGUCACUGCUCAGAAAUGUGUUUAUUGUGUCUGCUAAGCGGACCCCGUUUGGCACCUACGGUGGGGUGCUGAAGGACCACAGUGCAACAGACCUAGCAGAGCAUGCCUCCAAGGCUGCCCUCGCUGCUGGGGGAGUGGCACCUGAGCUUGUCAACAGUGUCAUCUUUGGAAAUGUCAUGCAGAGCUCUGCAGAUGCUCCAUACAUCGCCCGUCACGUGGGCCUGAGGUGUGGGGUGCCCAUUCCAGUGCCUGCUCUCACCGUGAACCGCCUCUGUGGGUCCGGCUUUCAGUCCAUUAUCAAUGGAUAUCAGGAAAUCUGUCUGAAGGAUUCAGAGGUGGUACUGUGUGGAGGCUCGGAGAGCAUGAGCCAGGCGCCGUAUGCUGUCCGCAACGUCCGCUUCGGAACCAAGUUCGGACUCGACCUCAAGCUAGAGGACACUCUGUGGGCGGGGCUUACUGACCUGCACAUUAAGAUCCCAAUGGGCAUCACAGCAGAGAACCUGGCAGUGAAAUAUGAGAUCAGCAGAGACGACUGUGACAAAUACGCACACCAGACACAGCAGAGGUGGAAGGCAGCCCACGAGGCGGGCCACUACACGGCAGAGAUCGCGCCCAUCGAAGUGAAGGCAAAGAAGGACAAAGUACCCAUGACCCAGGACGAGCACCCUCGGCCCCAGACCACCCUGGAGCAGAUGGCUAGGCUACCCCCUGUCUUCAAGAAGGGAGGAACGGUGACCGCCGCCAACGCAUCAGGUGUGUCUGACGGAGCUGCUGCCGUGGUGAUAGCCAGUGAGGAAGCUGUGAAGGAGCACAAGCUCACCCCGUUGGCAAGAAUAGUGGCAUAUCACGUCUCAGGCUGUGACCCAAGCAUUAUGGGAAUCGGCCCAGUCCCAGCCAUCACUGAAGCCCUGAAGAAAGCCGGUCUCACCCUCCAAGACAUGGAUCUGGUGGAGGUGAAUGAGGCUUUUGCUGCUCAGUACCUGGCGGUUGCCAAGGCAUUAGGUCUGGACCCAGAGAAGAGUAAUGCUGAUGGAGGGGCUAUUGCCAUCGGCCACCCCCUGGGAGCCUCUGGAGCACGCAUCACUGCUCACCUGGUCCACGAGCUCAGGCGGAUUGGGGGAAAGUAUGCUGUGGGAUCAGCCUGCAUCGGUGGUGGUCAGGGUAUCGCCAUCAUCAUAGAGAACACUCACUGAGGAACCGAGCAAACCAUCCACACUCAGAAGGGUACAUACUAUACCAUCCACACUCAAAAGUGUACUUGCAAUACCAUCCACACUCGAAACACACACCACACCCCUACAUACUCAAUAGAGAAAUGUAAAAUGUAAUGCCAUAUACACACUCGAAUAAGACCUUUAGGUUGUUGUCCAAUGUAGAGUUGAAACACCAGAGUGCAUUCUUAGUAUUGACUUGAAAUGUAAGAAUAUCCACUUUCCAAUGUAAAAAAAGAAAAGAAUGUUUGAUCCACGCUUCAAAUUAGACGACUCCAGCAUCUACACUAAAAAAAAAGACCAAGAUCUCCUCAUAAUUACUCCAGAAAAUGGCUGCUGUUUCUCUGAACACAGAAGACAAGGGUAUUUGUAUGUUUAGUAACACAAAUGUCUGAUAAACUCCCUCCUUUCUUGGAUGCUUCAUAUUCCUGUUACCUUUUCUAAACGUUCAUGUAUGGCAACCAUACUGUCUGUAUCUGCUUAAAGAGGCCUUGUGAAUCUGAAGAGCUAACUCCUGUUUUUGUAAAGGACAUACUAUUUACCUCUCGCUGUAGCAUAUGAACAGUUGAGAUGAGUGUUUGAGUUGAGGUAACCAAUGUUGCUUUCUGUGGAAAGAGAGCAGUAACUGCCUCUUUUAUCCAGAAUUUCUCUCCUUGCCUGAAUUAUCACUCCUUUGCAGGGAUCACCAUUGCCCUAAAUACUGUGUGUAUAUGUAAGACAUGUAUACGCUGUCAGGUUGCCUGUAAAGAUAUAUAUUUUUUAUGAUUAAAGUGAAAUAUCAUCUCAAA